ACAACACUCUGAGUCUGAGAAGGAUCAAUUCCAGUGCUAUGAAAAAUGAAUGCUGAGAUAAACUUGAUGUAUUGCGUAUAAGAGUUAUCCCCUCAGCCCGUCAUAAAAUGUGAUUCAAAUAGAUCCCCGCCGCGGUUGUUAUACACACAGAGAGGGCAUACACUCCUCCUCUUUCUUUCUCUCUACAAAUGGCCGAUCAGACUGUCGUCCUUUCUCCCCCUACUUCAGUUGGAAAGAAUCGUGCUGAGUUCAAUGGUGACAGGAUUGAUAAUACGCUUCUGAUCGAUAUUCGUGACAUCUCUUUUGGGCCCAUGAUCAAUGAUGGCGCCUACUCCAUUGUCUAUGAAGGAUUGUAUAAAUCUACACCUGUCGCUAUAAAAGUAAUACAGCCAGAAAAAGCGGUGAAUGUGAGUCCUCAGCGGAAAGGCAAAUUUGAGCGGGAAGUUAUGCUGUUGGCUAGAAUGCAGCAUGAAAAUGUUGUGAAGCUUAUUGGUGCCGUCAUGGAACCAGCCCUGAUUUUAGUUACAGAACUUCUGAGUUGCGGUACACUUCAAAGGUACUUGUGGAGUGUCCGACCCAAUUGCCCAGAUUUGAAGCUUUCUUUAAAUUUCGCAUUGGAUAUCUGUCGAGCCAUGGAACAUUUGCACAGUAAUGGCAUCAUGCACCGCGACUUGAAACCCAGUAAUCUUCUUCUCACUGAUGACAAGAUAGUUAAGCUGGCUGACUUUGGACUGGCCAGGGAGGAGGCAGAAACCGAAAUGACUAGUGAAGCUGGAACCUAUCGUUGGAUGGCUCCCGAGGUCUUUAAUACUGACUCGUUGGGACCGUUGAAGCAUUACAAUCAUAAGGUGGAUGUCUACAGUUUCUCGUUGAUUCUUUGGGAGAUGCUGACAAACAGAACUCCUUACAAAGGACGAAACAACAUCAUGGUGGCAUAUGCAUCAGCCAAGAACAUGAGGCCUAAUGUGGAUAACAUCCCGAGGAACCUUGGCUCCCUCAUCACCGCCUGUUGGGCGGAGAACCCUGCAGACAGACCAGAGUUCGUGCAAAUAUCAGAAACCUUAGAAAACAUUCUCGGAAAUAUUACCGAUGAUAUGCUUGUGCCAGAAGCAAAUUCUCUGAUGAAUGAAGAUGCAGAUUCUCCCGGCACAAGCUGGUUGAUGGACCAGGCUAUUGCCAAUUUGAACCGGAAGAAGCUUAAGAAGAAGAAUAAGAAAAAGAAAGCUGCUCUCUGUUGCUGUUUCUCAAGCUCUUCCGAGGACUCUCUCUAGAGGCCGUUUGGUAGCUGAAAAGAGUCAUUCCAAAGAACAUGUUUGACGGGAACAAGUUUGCUGUCAUCAUCCAUACAUACAUACAAUUUAUAAAACAUAUACACAACACAAACAUUGUUACACAAAAAAACAAUUGUACACAUAAAAAUUGCCUCAGGUGUGAGCCCAAAUAAGAGUUAAUAGUUUUGCUUUGGCAUUUGCAACUUGCAAACACUUUAGGAAACUACAGAGUUACAGAGUGUUUGGGUUAUAGGAAAA